AUGUUAUUUGUUGUGAAAGACGGCCCGAAAUUUCGCUACUUAGGUUUGCUGUACUGGUUUAUAAAACAUUUACAAGCAACAGCAAAUGAACUAUGUGGCAAAGAAACCAAUGUGUACAAGCCAAUGAAGUUUUUCAGUUUAAAGGUCAGUUUACCUUUUAAUAAUUAGUUCAUUUAGUUGUAUAUUAUUAAUACGAAGUACUGGAAUAGUACGCCGAGUUUGAUUUGCUAUAUUGAAAUUUGUACUGUAGUCGGAAUAUUUAAGAUAAGGUAUGGAUAAACAGAGCCCAACCCCUUCUCUAACCCUAACCAAUAAAUGUGUAAUGAACUAUUUGAGAGUUAAAAAGGUUGGGGGGAAAUUUUAAAAUAUUUUAAGAAAAAUUUCUACUGUUGGAAACUGUCGUAAUUUAUGCAUCAGUCAAUUCUAGCGUUGCUCAUCCCCCCCCCGGGCAUUUGUACUCUUUUUUUGCCCGGGGGGGGGUGGCCAUUGGUACUUCCAAAGUUGUCCCAGGGGCAGGGAAUUGUUUACUGGCUGGGCAUUUGACUUGACUGGACGUUUCUGCGACGAACAUGUGCUAUCAAAUUAAAAUGGUGUCGAAGAAUUCAGGUGUAAAAACGAGGAUUUUGUCGAUAUUUUCAUUCACAAAACGUCACACCAAUCGCACUUGAGAAACUAAUUAAAGUUGUGUUUAACUCAUUAAGUCUCAUUGCGCCCCCAUGCGCCCUGGAAUUGGGAACAGGGUAAGUCUCAUUGCGCCCUCAUGCGCCCUGGAUGACACGUCAACUUCCGGGCACAAUUGUCUAGCGCGUGUUUAUCGGGUUGCCUAGCAACGGUCACGAGUAUAAAGUGCAAAAUUCGGGCUUUCAAACGAUACAUCAUGCGAGAAAAUUGAUCAAAAGUUUGCGAAGAUUUUCGAUUUUAAAACUCUAUUUUUUUACAAAACCUGUGACAACCGCAAAUUGUCACAAGAUAGGACUUUUCAGCAAGUUUUAAGGAUGAAAAAGAAGAGGUUUUUAAAGUGUUUUACAUAUAAAAUAUAUUAUAAAACAUAAGGGAGUGUGCAUAUGUUUCAAGUCAAGUUCUUGUCCAAAUCAAGUCGCGCAAUUUUCAGCCAGAAAAACAGCAAUUUCUUUCAAUCUAACGGAAAAGUGAAGUGGGAAAUCGCAAGAAACAUGAACACUAAAUCCAAGUGAGUAGUUACGAUUUUUUUGAGCGUGUUUUUGAAUGAAAAUACCUGGCAUGUUUUCAUGAAAUACGAUAUAGGGCCAUUCCAUUUAAUGUACACACCUCCCUGUGGACGAAGUCAAUAAAAUUUGAACCCCUAAGAAAAAAGAUCGAAGUGCCGACACAAACACCCCUUCAGAAAUUAAGAAAUUUUUGCCUUACCCCUCGGAAAAAACGCAAAGAUCAAAGGAUGCCGAUGCACAAAACCCCUCAGAAACGGCUUUUUCAACCCCCCUCGGAAAUUUUCGUCCACAGGGGGGUGUGUAAAUUAAAUGGAAUGGCCCAUAGCAUUAAAGCAAGUUCAAUCUAGUUUAAAACUAAGUUUUUAGAAGAAAUUUCGUGCAUUUUAUGGCAUGAUUUCGACUGUUUUCGUGACCCUACUGUUGGUCGUCUUGCUCAAGUUGUUAUUUUAGCCGAAGUACUUUCAGAAGACAGUAGGUUCAACUUGUCAUGUGCGUAUAUACAUUUUUGGCAAGAAAAAUUUUGAGUAAAACCGCAUUAAAACUAAGUAGAAUACUCUACAAUGAAUACUAUAUCUGUUUCUAUAAACUUUGUCUCGAAACGAGCUCUCAUUUUAGAGAUAAUGUGGUUUAAAAUCAAUGUAUUGAAUUAUGCCGUUACUUGGCGCGUGCGAAUUCUGAACCUUCAUGACAGGGAUUUGAAAAGCUUCUAAAAUACACUUUAUUGCUUCAUAUAUCCCCAUAAAAUUUUUAAAUCAAUAAAGCACAUCAUAAAACUAAUGUACGCUCAUUUUCUAAGAAGUACUCAUCGAUUACCUGAAGGAAAAGUUUAAAAUAGGUCAGGAGAGUAGUUUACAAAAUGCUGUUCUCCUCUGAAAUGGCUUCUUUUGCGGGAAGCUAUUAAAUUUAUGUACUUUCCAAAAUUGUAAUUUAGUCGCUUUUUUGGUCUCAUUGUUCACUUAUUUAUCAUGGAAUUACUUCGCUUGAGCUCUUUUAAUAAUAUCUGCCAGAUACUUUGCUAUUUGGUGAAAUAAAAGCUAUAUUUUUAGCAGUUUAUCUUUUGAAAACUGCAUGAGCAACAAAGUGUCACCAACGUGUUUACUCUCGUCUGACAAACAACCAAAGAUGAAAUACUUUAUUUCACUCUUUUAUAGCAAUCUAAAAUGCCUAAAUAUUAGAUUAUUCAUUUUAUUUCAGCAUACAUAUUAUAUUUUUAUACAAUUGGUCCUUGAAAAGGACUUAUUUCAAGCUAGAGUCAGAUUUCAAACUAGAGUCAGAUUUCAGAAGAAACCGCCUGUCUGACAUUUUACAGCAACCUACAUUGCCGCGCACAACGUUUUAGCCACAAAUCCGUUGUUUUCUCAACAGAAACAAAAGGAAUUUCAGUUAAAAUUCUUACCUGAUGAAUAUUCAAAAGUGUUUAUCUCUUUUUGACGACUUUCAGUGCUCUUAAUAGCAAAAUAAAAAGCCUUUUGUUUUGUCACCGCACGCUGCGUUUGAAAAUGCCGGCUGUCAAAGUCAGAAUUGAAAACACCUCAAAUAUUUUAAAAUUUUCUCACCUUUUUCAUCCUUUGUUUAUAUUUUAAUUAGUAAUUUUUGUACUUCGUGUUUUUCCAAACAUAUUUGAGCUAUUUAAAAACUUCAAAGAGGUACAAACACUGUGUUUUUGGGUUACAGAGUUUUUGGACUUGAACAACAAGUUCUGAAGUUCAAGUUCUCCAUUGUAAACUAGAUGUCCUGAGUGUGCCUGAGCUAUGCCCAAGCAAAUUUUUAUAGCGUUUCAUUAUUUUGUAAUUUAUACCCUACAAGAUGAAAACUAAUUUGAAAAUAAAUGUGUACCAAUCCAGGAAUCAAAAAAUAUUUCUCCAUUUAUGUUGAGUUAUUGAAUUAUUGCCCUUCAGAUGUUGGGUGUCAUGAAGAAACAAAAUGUCAGGGACUUAAAUUUACACAAACCAAGAAUUCUCACCCAAAAAUCUAAUGAUAUAUUUAAGUGUGGGAGCUCAUUUAAAAUAGAAUUGAUUAAUCAUUUAUCAUUUUAACCCACUGCAAAAUUUCAAGGUUUUUUAUAACAUUGAUCUUGAGAUAUGGGUAUUUUUGUAAAAGCAGUUGACAGAAGUUGACAGUAACUAAAAUUCGCCAUUUUCCUUGCAACUUGGGGAGUGCCAAUGUUGCAACAGUCUGCAACUUAAUGAGUUAAACGGUCCCGGUUUCACUGGAAAUUGACAAUUGUUCGUAAACCAAUGACCGUGUUCAUUAUAGCAAACUUUGAAUAGUUUGCCUUGAAACAAGAACAAUUUCUGGUGGAACCUGGACUUUUAAAAUGUAAACAAACAAGAAAAAAUCGUCUGCAGAUACAGUCGUUUGCACCAGCAUGACACGCGAUAAAAAAAUGCUCUAAUAGGAUACGCCCCAAUCUUGCAACUUUCAGAAAUAAGCAUAGGCAUAAAUUGGCCAAUUGACAUAUUUGUUGCUUUUACAUUAUUUGACAAAUUGUUCCACGCUAUUGCUCCAUUAUAACUGAGACUUUUUUUCAUGUAAUUUGUUUUUGGUUUUUGUAAAAGAAAAUAUUACUCUUGCCGCGUAAAUUGUAGUUUUGAUUAUUAGCGAUUUCGAACACUAAAUUGGUUCAUACUUUCUGGUAGCUCACUAUUUUUCACUUUAUACAGAACCACUAACUUAUUUUUCUCCCAUCGAUCGGCUAAAGGUUGCCAAUUUAAUUCCUUAAAUAUUUCUUUUGUUGCUAUUUCAUAUGGUCUGCCAGUGAUGACCCUUGCAACCCUGUUUUGCAUUUUCUGCAUUUUGUCGCGCAGAUAUUCGCUGCAGUUAGUCCAAAAAAGCUACAGUAAUCAAAAUAUAGCAGUAUUAUCGCGUUAUACUUCGUCCAACUCAGACGGAUAAUGCGAAGAAAACGCGUCUUCGAGUUAUUUAUAUAAAAUAACUCGAAGUCGCGUUAUGUUGCACAUUUUUAUGCGACGCAUAUUCAACUUAUCUUGCAACAUAUAACUCGGCGACGAAUUUGCAUCGCAUUUCCUAUUUCAGACGAAAUGCAAUUGUAACUAAAUUGUGUGAGACUGUAGACUGUAGUUAUUAUAAAGUAAUGUUGAAACAAACAUGCAAAACAAAGCCAUCUAAACGAUUGUUUGUUUUUUUCAACCCGGGCUAAAAUUACUGAAUUGUAGAUGAAUAAUUGUCAUGUAAUCGCACACUGUAUUUUUAUAGGAUUUUAUCCUUAGCCUUAGGCCGGGUUGAAAUUUCAGCUCGGUUAACUGGGCAAAAACUCAGCCUGCGCUGAAAACUCCCCAUGUAUUAAAUCGACUCCUUAAUUUUCAAUGAGUAUAUAUACUUUGGAUUCUGCACCUUAUUUCUAGGUAAUCUACUGUCUUCAUUUUGAUCCACAACCUGUUGGAUCUGAUUCCGUGGAAGUAAAGCUUUCAUUCUUAAGUGUGAAACAGGUAAUUUGUUUGUACAUUGUCAAAUGAUACAUUUGUCCAUGGGUAUAAUUUUCAAUUUUCUCUAAUGAAACAAACGUUAUUUGUUAAGUUUUAAUAACAAAUUUUUGUUCCAGGUAAAAUAUGGAAAUGCAGGCGGAAUAACCAACGCUAUCGAAGAAAGUUUUAACGACGUUGAACAGUCUAUUUCAUCUUCAUUAACCUCGGUUGGUAUUUUACCAUAUCACAAAAAGUUGGUUGGUUUCACAUCGGAUGGGGCUAGCGUUAACCGUGGAUGUAACAACAGCAUUGUGACCCGACUUCAAGAGAAAUCCCCAUGGAUGGUGUUCAUAUGGUGCAUCGCUCAUCGUCUCGAGUUGGCACUCAGUGACGCAUUAAAGACCACAGAGUUUCAGGAUGUUGAUAAUAUGCUGUUGAAGAUGUAUCUCCUUCAUAAGAAAGCACCAAAGAAAGUGCGUCAACUUAAGGAACUACACGAUCUUUACAAAGAAACCAUGGAGUUUGACGAAGGAGGAAUAAAGCCGAAGAAAUCAUCGGGGUCGAGAUGGAUUUCUCACAAGUUGGCUGCAAUGAAGAUGUGUUUAGACAAAUGGGGUCUUUACAUUCAGCAUCUGGAAACCAUGACAGAAGAUGAAACCAUUACAAGCAAAGACAAAGCCAAGCUGAAAGGUUACCUUAAACAUUGGAAGAGCUCCAGCAUGCCACUAUUACUUGCCUUGUUUAUUGAUAUAUUAACUAUACCGUCGAUUCUAUCAUUGACAUUUCAGCAGGAGAAAAUAGAUCCAGUGCAGACCGCGAGAGCAUUGAACAAAGUGAGGGAACGUUUGGCACAAUUUGAGAAAAAGGUGUUCGAAAGGCUACCGAAUGUUAGAAACUUUCUCUCAAAAAUCAAGGAAGUGGAUGCUCAGUUUUUCUAUCAAAACGUCAAACUCUCAUCAUUCGAGAGACAUAAGGUUUCUGUUGAAAGCAAAAAGAACGAGUACUUGGAGAAGAUUCGACAAUGCUUGACUAAUCGACUUGAACAAGAGGAUGAAGGCGAAGAGAUACUCGACGCCGUUGUACAAAUUCUUGAUUGCGAGGGAUGGAAAGACGACAACGAAUUUGCCGAAGACGCCAUUUUUGCAGUGUAUGACAAGUUUGAAGUUCCACUUAAGUCUGGCGGUAUGUCAGUGACUGUUCCCGACCUACUUAACCAAUGGCAUGAGAUUGUCGACUUUGCUGUUGAAACAAUCGGGGUGACCGGCCAAUCAUAUCUUAUCACAUGGCGUAAGAUAUUUUCUGCACCAAGGAGUAAAGGAUGGAAAGAUGCGCUUAUCUUAGUCGAACUGUUGUUUACUAUCCCUGUAUCUAACACCAAGCUCGAGAGAAUGUUCUCCAAAUUAAAGCGCAUGAAAACAAAUUUCCGUUGUUCCCUUUCCCUUCGGAGGUUGGAAAACAUUCUACGCAUCAUGGAAUAAGGCCCGACAUGGGAGGAGUAUGACCCACUGCCCGCCAUUGAAUUAUGGCAUUCAGCGAAACAACGGCGGCCACACGAUGAGAAAUAAAAGCGAACAUAUACAGCAUGCAAAUCACACAAAAGGCUUUCGACUAUGUCGUCGGACGAAAGCGACAGCGAGACUGCAGAAAAAGAAAACCAUGAAAGUGAUAAAGAAAACGAAGACGUGCAGGAAGAAAGUACAGAAGAAACCGAAAGUCAGAGUUUAUUCUCUGAUUCUGAGGAGGAACCAUAG